AUGUCUUCCCGGAUUGUCUUGAUCACAGGUGCGAACUCCGGGGUUGGAUAUGCUACUUCCCAAGUCUUAGCACAAGCAUCGAAGGAUUUCCAUGUUCUUAUGGCUGGCCGGUCAUUGGAGAAGCUCAAGACAGCCAAAGCGGACAUCGAGGCUGCUGGUGGCUUGAAAGGUCAAUUGACAACACUGGAACUGGAUGUCACCCGGGAGGCAUCGAUUGAGAAAGCUUUGCGACAAGUUGAGACGGAGUUCGGCCAGCUGGAUGUAUUGAUCAACAAUGCAGCUGUUGGAAACAUUGACAACAAUCCGAGAACUCGAUUUGAGGCAGUCUUCCAGACCAAUAUCCUUGGUCCAGUCUUGGUCACUGAAGCUUUCCGACCACUGUUGCUGAAAUCUCAAAACCCAUACUCGAUAUAUGUCAGUAGCGGGGCCGGAUCCAUUUCGAAGACGGCGAAACCGACAAACUAUCCAGAGCCUCCCAAUGCAGAUGCCUACAGAUCCAGCAAAGCAUCCUUGAACAUGUUGGCAGUGUAUGAAUACAAAACCUACAAAGACAAGGGAUUGAAAGUAUUCCCGUUUUGUCCUGGCUUCGUUGUCUCAAAGCUUCGUGGCGAGAAUGAAGAGAUGAUGAAUCCUGGUGGACUUGCGGGAGAUCCACGGGUUUCUGGAGAGUCAAUCUUGAGCAUUAUCCAGGGUGAGAGAGAUGGGGACGUUGGAAAAUUUGUCCACAAAGACGGAGUCUAUGACUGGUGA